CUCGGUGGUUUCGGUGCGGUUUUUUUUUUUGGGGGGGGGGGUUCUUUUGUUUUUGACUUUUUUUUUUUUUCUGUGUGUGUGUGUGGAAAUGGCGAACUCGGCAAAUACAAACCCCGUGCCCAAGUUAUACCGUUCUGUGAUUGAAGACGUCAUCAAUGAUGUUCGAGAAGUGUUUCUGGAUGAUGGAGUAGAUGAACAGGUCCUCCUGGAACUGAAAACAUUAUGGGAAAACAAACUGAUGCAGUCCAAAGCAGUGGAUGGGUUUCAUUCAGAAGAACAGCAGCUUUUAUUGCAAGUGCAGCAGCAGCAGCAGCAACAGCAGCAGCAACAGCAUCACCAUCACCAUCACCACCAGCAAGCACAGCAGCAGCAGACUGUGCAGCCGCAAUCUCAGACGCAACAGGUCCUCAUCCCUGCGUCUCAGCAAGCAGCACCACAGCAAGUUAUUGUACCAGAUUCUAAGCUGAUACAGCAUAUGAAUGCUUCAGGCAUGAGUGCUGCAGCCACUGCAGCUACUUUGGCGCUGCCAGCCGGUGUCACACCCGUUCAGCAGAUACUGACUAAUUCAGGCCAGAUCCUACAAGUAGUUCGAACUGCCAACGGGGCUCAAUACAUCAUUCAGCCGCAGCAGUCAGUGGUUCUGCAGCAGCAGGUCAUUCCGCAGAUGCAGCCUGGUGGCGUGCAGGCUCCCGUCAUACAGCAGGUUUUGGCUCCUAUCCCCGGAGGGAUUCCACCCCAGACAGGAGUGAUCAUCCAACCUCAACAGAUCUUAUUUACGGGAAACAAGACGCAAGUGAUCCCCACGACGGUGGCCACUCCCACCCCAGCCCAAGCACAGAUCACUGCAACCGGGCAGCAGCAACCCCAACAGCAGCCUGCACAACCACAGGCUCCAUUGGUGCUACAAGUAGAUGGGGCUGGGGACACGUCCUCUGAAGAAGAUGAGGAUGAGGAGGAAGAUUACGAUGAUGAUGAAGAGGAAGACAAAGAAAAGGAUGGGGGAGAGGAUGGGCAAGUUGAAGAGGAGCCCCUUAAUAGUGAAGAUGAUGUGAGUGAUGAGGAAGGACAAGAACUGUUCGACACAGAAAAUGUUGUGGUGUGCCAAUAUGAUAAGAUACACAGAAGUAAAAACAAAUGGAAGUUUCAUCUUAAGGAUGGCAUUAUGAAUCUUAACGGAAGAGAUUAUGUAUUUUCCAAAGCCAUCGGUGAUGCCGAAUGGUGAAAGCUUUUUUUUCCUCUUUUUUAAAUAAAGCAAAAACUUAAAAAAAAGACGCCGGACAGGUUGAAAAAUGGGACAUAUAUUUCAACCAAAAUUUUCUUCUGCAUGUCAGAAAAGUAUGGUAGAAGCAAAGCUACUGGAACAAAGGUAGAGCGUGACACCACAGACACUACUACGUCAAGUGAGCAAGCCAUGGGAGUAGAACACCUAGCAGUGUCAGGGAGUUGGUUUUCUGUGUUUUGGGAGGACCAUAAUCAUUCAUUGUGCAUACAAGUCCCUAUUAGCAUGUAAGGCUUUGUCUCUCUCCUCUAUGCCCUCCCCCCCCCCCCCAUCUUGGUUUAAGGCUUGAAAAGAUUUGUCAACCAAUUGGACCUCACCCUCUGACUGAUCUGAAACUGAUGAUUCAGACUCACAAGAUUGAAAUUGUGUGGGGGGGCAUUUUGCAGGAAGGUUAGAACUGUGAAUUCAAAAAAUGAACUUGCAUUAAGGAAAAGAUUUAUAAUCCUACUCUGAUGGAUCUUAAUUUUACCACCUUUCUCCCUUCCCUGUCCCAUUUCUGUUUGUUCCUGGCCUCUAUUUACCAAACAGACUUAUAAUCAGUGAUUCUAGUCUGCUUUUGAAAUAAUUUUUGACAAAGUAGUAGAUAUUUACCUUUUAAGUUUUUUUUAAAACCCACGAGUCUUUCCUGAAAUUGUCACAGUUGAGAUGAUUCAUAGUAGCCUCUGUUACCCUAAAUGAGGACUGUAAUUCUCUAUGCUCCUUGCUUCCCCUCUUCUCUCCUCUCCUCUCCCUCCAACCCCCCCCCCCCCCCCCCAUCCCCACUUUAAGCCAAAGCGUGGGCACUCAGGAACACAGUUUUGUCUCAAAGGACACCACCACCUGAUGGAAAUUGUACAUUCUCACCGACACCUGUAUACGUUCCUACCAUCACAUUGAAAUGUGUCUUCAGAAUUCCCUUCAGCUCAACAAGAUGCUUCAUUUAGUUUCAUUGCCAGGGCGGAAUGAGGGAACUGUGUAAUUUCCAAGCAGCAAUUUCUUGGACUUUUAAGUGGUGAAUACAAAGACUUGCCAUUGCAACAAACAAAACUCAAAUCGUCAGGCUGAAUCAAACCAAGUUUAACUUCUGGGAGAAUGACCCGAAAGUUUGAAGUGUUAAAAGAUUUUGCCUUUGAAGGUAAAUGUACUUCUCGUUCUCAUGCUGGUCACAUCUUCAGACCCGACCAUCAGCAAGGCAGCCACGGGACCCCUGUGCGCUCCACAGGACGAAGGUGCGGAAAAGGUGAUAGCCAACCAGAUACAGACUCCAGGAGCCUCUCGGGAACAUUUUGGGAGCUUGACGCUUGCUACCUUGUCAGCUGAUGGGUAAAGAGAACCUUUGGAAAGGCAAUUCAAGUAUAAUUGGGAGAGAACCUAAAGGACACUACUUUUGGUCUUUGGAGUGUUAAAAAAAAUUUUUUGUGUUGUCACUUGAAACAUCGGAUUAUCUUUACAAACUGCUUUCCGCCCCCCCCCCCCCCCCCCACCAUCCUCUCUUAUCCCGGUCUUCCUUUUACUCGUCUCAGUAUACUUGCAGCAGUAGCUUGCAUAAAACUUCACAGUACGUUACAAGGAAGAAUACUGUGAUGAGUGUCACGUAGCUUUUUUACACCAGUUAUAGCGCUAAGACUAUACACCAGAGGAGCCUACUGAUAAAAAUUUGUUAGAACACAUCCUGUCCCUUGUGUAUAUGUCGGCUUCUUCAUGACAAUGUUGGCUUCCAGUCCCACUUGGGAGUUAUGCUUUUUGACUUAAGGGUCUGGAGUUAAGGGUUUUCGUUCGUUUUUUUUUUUUUUUUGACUGUCAACAUGGUAUUUUCUUGAUUUUUUUGGGGGCGGGGGGAGGGAGUGAGGGAGUAGUGGGGGAAGAAUCCUUUCCUUAGUGUUUUUUAAUGUAUACCACUACGCUCAAAGCACACGCAGCUUCAAAUGAGAUCAGUUCCCCGUCGCCAAAACCGAAACUAGUUGUUUUUCAGCAAGUCCGUGGAUAGUGAAGGUGCCUACUUAGUAUAUCGUAGGUGUCUAUUCAAAAAGUGAAUUAGGGACCCACCUGGAGAAAUCUGGUAAUGCUGCACAGUUGAACCAGUGAAACCUUUUAGACACAUAACUUUUCAGCUACUGGAACCCAGAUGACGAUACAAGCUAUUAAUCUCUUCUGUCUUGCUCGAUUCCUUCAUGUAGACCAACUCCCUUCAUGAUGGUUAUAGUAGUAUUGUAUUCAGGCCUUUCUAAAGUUUAUUUAUUUUACGAUAUGAGUAACCACUGCUUUUCCAGGUGACUCUCCAGGGUCAUUUUUAAGCAGGCUAAUAGUAACCAUUUAUUAAUGCACCUGGUGUCUUGCAAAAUAUUGAUGGCAUGCUUGGCAAAUGAAGGGAUUUUUGUUGUUGAAAUACCUGUGAAAUUUUGAUGAGCCAGUCAAACAUACAUACCCAAUUGUGCUCUUUUGCUACAUCGUGUUCCUUUUUAAUUGAAAAGCAUGUUUUAAUUUCAUUUUAUUGUAGUGGCUUGCUGUAAGAAUGUAGCUUGCUUGCUUUUUAUUGUACUUGAAUUAUAAUCAUGGUUUUAGCAGGUUAAUUGAACAGGUCAUUUCCUUAGGUUCCAUAUGAAUGGUCAUUCUUUUUGAGGGCAAAAUUCCCCACAGGUAGUGUGUUUAAAAUUAAAUGUAACCUGAAUUUAUUUGAAAUAGUGCAGUAUUAAUAGUAUGAAAACAAGUAAAGGUUUCAAAGAAUUUGUGUUCAGAUUUGCACAGACAAUAACAGAGCACCUUGAACUUUCAAUCUGGAAAAUACCGGGGAAUGACUUUAAAACUCAUCAAAGCUAAUGGAAAUUAUAUAUGGCAUCUGGGUGUGGUUUGAAAAAUUGUGCCUUGCAAUGUGGAUAUUUUGGGGGUGGGAGAUGCAUCCUUAGACCUAUCUGGUCAUUUGGAUCCUAAGACCACAGUUUUGUGGAGUUAAAACUCAGAAUCUCAUAAUGGGCAGUUGGGGGAAUUCACAAAGGCUUGUGCUGAUAAGCGUCUAACGAAUCAAAUGAUUAACUUCUGCAAAGGAGAGUCUGCCCAUUGGACAACUGAACGUCAAACGUUUAUGUUGUUUUCUCUUGUGGGUGAGCAGUCAGCUGUGGUGCUGCAUCUACCCCUUGUGUGGAAAUCACUAGCCACUUUGACACCUGAAGUUCCUUUCCAAGCGUAGCUUCACAAAUGUCGGUGCCUCACAUUCUAGGAGCAGCAUGGCUUCGAUAUUCACGGUUCUCAGAAAACAGACGGCCGACAGCUUCUGUACAUGUGUCUCAGUGUUCGCCGCAGCAUAAGAUGAAAAUCCAUUAUAGGCCCUUUUUUAUGUUUUGCCUCCUUUUUCGAAAAGAAAUGUGACAUAAUUGCCCAAUAGCAAUAAUAUCACCAUCAAACACCCCACAGGAGAAAUGCUUAAAAAUCCCAGUGAGCAAUGCCAUUUUUCUCUGGGAGUUCCCUUUUAAUAUUUGGUAACUUCUUUCACUUGUAAAUGUGGCUUCACUUUUUCAGAACGUGAGAGUUCAGACCUCUGACAUGGACUUUUAUUUUAUGUGUCCUUUUUUUUUUUGUAUGUGUUUCCAAUCUAUUAUAGGCCUUCCAUGUCCUCUUCUGCUUUCUCAAAUCUUGAUCAAAUUUAAUGUGCAGUUUCCUCAUUGAUGAGUCCACUCUUGAGUUGAGCGAUUUAUGCCUGACCUCCCAAUGAAGGGGAGGGCUCCUUGUUUUCUCUUUUAAAAAACAAAAAACUUUUUUUUUUUUUUUGGCCAAUAGUGAAUUCAGAAACACAAUCUUAGCUUACCCAUUGUGCAAAAUAAAGGCUUUUUUUCUUUUUUUUUUUUUUUUAACAGGAAGAAGUAAUUUUGGAGUAGCUCCAUGUGCAGCCCCUAAGGCUUCAGUCUCCCCAGUGUGUAUUGGGUUACAGUUUGAGGGGCGGGGGGAGGGGGCGCUAUCCAUUUUUUGCUGUUCUUCGAGUUACUCUUGUCAACUGCUGUUGUACAUAACUGUUAUGUGUAAGGGGGUAAAUAUAUUUAUUAUGUUUGUAAAAUUAAUUCUGUACAAUUGCAGAUCAAGGUUGCUCUUCUGUGAUAUACAGGAUAUUAUGUUUCAAAGGCCAUGCUUGGAAUACAAUUAGAAAACUUAGUAUUUUGAUGUACUAAGACCUAUUUUAAGUUUAAUAUUUUGCCUUUGCAAAAACUUUAAUUAAAGAUGUUAUUUAAAAAAAAA